CUUAUUUCUCUCGUCCACUUAACUUCACUUGAAUUUCUCAAACUCCUAGAUUCACCUCAAAUACCUAGCUCACUGGCAACUAAUCAACUAUUGAAACAUCGCCUAAUCCAAAACUCUUUCAUAUUAUUAUUCCCAUUCACAGACCCCAUACCGAGCUUCCCGCCCAGCUUCAACCCCUCCGUUGGCAUCACACGACGAGGCACAAACCACCAUUGAUCGCACAACAUAUAACCUAACAACACUCUUGAGUCGAACAGGCGGAUUCCAAGGGUACACAAUUCGUCAUGGGCUUCAUCAACAACCCUCUCCCUUCUUCGCUGGCAUGUAAGUUUUCUUCCAUAACGGGCACUCCGGUAUGAAAGGAAAUCCUAAUUGAUUUACCCCGCUACAGCCGAAUGUCGAAAAUGCGGAAAGAUUCUCUCAGCCUUCGUGGAUCCAAGGCAGGCUUUCUCUCCUGAUAAAGUCAUCCCUCCAAGUGUUCUCGCGAACGCAAAGGUAUGCUGCUUCUUGUUGAUUGUCUACUCUUUUCCCGUUCGCCGUUUUUUUACAAGGCCGCGCAAGCUGACCGAAAAUCCCAGGGCCUUGCAAUCCUCACAGUAAUCAAGGGCGGCUUUAUCGGGACCGCAAGAUACGGAAAUGGUGUAGUAGUCGCUCGUCUUGCAGAUGGAACAUGGAGUGCUCCUUCAGCCAUAGGAACUGGAGGUGCCGGAUUGGGAGGACAACUCGGUCUGGAGAUUACGGACUUUGUCUUUAUCCUAAAUGAUGCCGCAGCUGUGCGAACAUUUUCGCAACAGGGACAGCUUACUCUAGGAGCUAACGUCUCGAUUGCUGCUGGGCCUGUGGGUAGAAACGCGGAAGCAGCAGGUGCGGCGAGUCUGAAGGGUGUUGCGGGUAUCUUCUCGUAUUCCAAGACGAAGGGAUUGUUUGCGGGUGUCAGUUUGGAGGGAAGUGCUAUUAUUGAGAGAAGAGAUGCUAAUGAGAAGUUAUAUGGUAAGCCGUGUAUUUGAAAUCGCAUUUUUAGCUUCUAAUCAAGUUACAGGUCAACGUCUAACUACAGCACAACUUCUCGGGGGCGCGGUACGACCUCCACCAGCAGCAGAACCACUCAUGAGCAUACUCAAUUCAAGGAUAUUUGCAGGUGUUUCUGGAGGCUCAGAAGCCAUCUACAAUGACACUCCAGUUGAUGACGAAAGACACGAUGAUGUAAUAUGGGAAGGACGAAGAGGAAGUGCAAUGGGCGAAGGCUCAGGUGGUAGACGAGGAGCACCAGAUGACUACAUCAGUACCGGACCAAAACGAGCGAGCACAUGGGCAGAUGAUAUUUAUGACCGACCAUCUAAUGGACACUCUCGAUCGAAUACCAUCAGCGGUGGUGCGGGCCGUACUCGAGGUGGGUUCGGCAACCACGAUUACUCGUACUCAGAUGCUCCUGGAAGCCCUCGAAGUGGGAAAAUUGGUCCUGGACGACCAGCAGCACCAAAACCGUUAUUUCAAAGCAAAACUGGGGGGUUAAAACAAGAUGAGGCUGUUGCACUUUUUACCUUCGAUGCGGAUCAACCUGGUGACCUGGGGUUCAAGAAGGGUGAAGUCAUCACGGUGACAAAGAAGACUAAUAGUACUAAUGAUUGGUGGUAAGUUAUUCUCAAAUUUCUGUUCUGUAAAUACCGCUAAUAGAUCUCAGGACUGGUAUGAUCGGCACGAGAACUGGAAUAUUUCCCAGUAACUAUGUCGAGAUGAAGAAAUAAGUACUUCACACGACGUUGGUAUUUCCUUGUCUGUCUGUCUCUUAAAUUUGAAUAGGAAGGAUGGAUUUUCUCUCACACAAAUUGUUGGUUUAGCAAUUUCAUAUAACAUGCGGUCUCGAGACAUGGUCUUUGAAAGUGGGGUGGGUCUACGCAUACAUGGCAUCUGCGCGGUAGCGAAUUUCUGAGUUGAUUGAUAACUGGUGGAUUAUUUCCUUAAUUGUGUAUUUUUUGUGGGGAUAUGGGGCUUCUUUUGGUGUCUUGGGCCUUUCUCUUUUCUUUUUCGAUACUGUAGUGGUUGAUUUUACGAUGUCUUGGGCCUUUGGUGGAUCUCUUUCGAGUGGGUUUCUUUGGUGCCUUUUUUUCCCCCUCUUUCUUUUCUUCUGGAAAUGAUGAAUUGAAAGUUUAAGUCGAGAGUUGAGAUUUGAGAUUUGGGUUUUUGAUCAUUUCCUAGGAGUCGUGAAAUCAUGAGGUGUGAGGAGAAUUACUUUGGCUGCUAAAGUAGAGAGAGAGGUGGGGGAAGGUAAAGGGAAUACAGAUAUAUAGGAGAUGAAGAGAGUGGUUU